GAGCUUCGGGAUCGAUUCGAUAAAUGUGUUCGACAUUUCAAUUAGGGUUCAACAAUUUCAUCAAUUUUACCAGUUUUGCAGUGAAAGCAAGGAGUUUGAGACCUAGGGCAUUUUCCCCUUUGACAGUCGGAGUAAUGGGGUCUAAGAGGCUUCUUUCAAACUCAUCCGUAUCGGCUUCAUCAACUGUUGAGGGAAAGACAGAUAAGAAGCUCAAGGGAUUAGCUACUGCAGACCUAAAUCCUGAUGAGGGUGAAGUUAAGGGGAAUGGCGGGAAAGGUAAAGUGGUUGGGCAGGGCAAGAAUGAUAAUAAAGAACAAGGUUUGGUGGGUACCAAUCAAAAUUCCAAAGAGGGUGCUUUUAAGGUUGUUGAUGAUCUCACUUAUAAUUGCCAUAUCAAAAAUUUUCUGCUUUCAUGCUUUUAUAAGAAUGUGGUUUAAAUGUAGUGCGUGUGAAAUUCAGGAU